CUUCUCCUCCCCUCCCCGUCCCCCUGAGCCACGGGGCCUUCAUUCAAUCCGCAAGCAUGUGAAGGUUAUUAAUUCACCCUUCUCCUCACCACCAAUUAGGGCAACAGUGUGUCGGGAGCGGCGUGUGGAGCGGACCCUGUCUUGGUGCCGGCAGCGGGCGGCAGAUAGCGGCAGAUAGAGGAUCACCGCACAGAACUCAGGCUUGGCUGAACUUGGUGACUGAGGCUCCACAGCCUGACCGGGGCUCACGGCGUGGAAAUUGGCAGGACAAUUGGCAUCUCUUUCACUCGAGAUCCCAGCAAUUGCCCCACCACGGAGCUGACACCCAUAAUUGAAGGUGUUUAUCCGAGGAAGAGAUGACAAAGAUGAGAGAACAGGAGCCGGUGGACAGGGUCAGGGCCGUGUGGCUAAUCUUUCUCAUCCUGGGGCUUGGAACCCUGCUUCCAUGGAACUUCUUCAUGACGGGCAUUCAGUAUUUUAAGUUCCGUUUGGAAGGGCUGGAUGCCCCCAGCGCGGAGCCGAUGGCCAAUGGAACAUCUGGUCACAACGUGUCGGCCUUCGCCACGGAGAACCAGCUGCAGAGGAAGUUUGGCAACGUGAUGACGCUGUGCGCCAUGUUACCCAUGCUGAUCUUCAGCUGCCUCAACUCCGUCCUGCUGCCACGGGUCCCACAGACGCUCCGUAUCAGUGGCAGCCUCGUCGCCAUCUUCAUCCUCUUCCUCCUCACUGCCAUCCUGGUGAAGAUCUCCAUGGAGCCACUGACUUUCUUCGUUGUCACCAUGAUCACAAUUGUCUUCAUUAACUCUCUCGGGGCCGUUCUCCAGGGCACCUCCUUCUUCGGCCUGGCCGGCCUCCUGCCCCCCGCUCCUACACAACCCUCCCUCAUGAGCGGCCAGGGCCUGGCUGUCCUGUGCGGUGGUGUGCUGCUUGCUUUAAUGGGUUGUUACCACUGCUUACCCCAGCUGGCUUUCUCCCGCCAUCAUUUCAAGGUGAAGAGUGAGGAAUGGAUGAAGGCCCAGCAGGAGGAGUGUUUGAGCAAGGUGGACUUGAUCAAGCAAGACGGCAGCAGCCCCAGUGAGAGGCCGUCCACACUCCACGUGGAGACGCACUGCGGGGAGCGGGACGAGGGACCCUCAGUCAUCACCAUCCUGAGGAAGGUGUGGCCAUUGGCGUUGCAGGUGUGGUUCGUCUUCACCGUCACCAUCAGCAUCUUCCCCGCCGUCACUGUGGACGCUGUCUCCACGGUGGCCGGAGACGGGAUCUGGAGGCUGUACUUCAUCCCCAUAUGCUGCUUCCUCAUGUUCAACCUCUUCGACUGGUUCGGCCGCAGUCUGACCGCCUUCUGCAUGUGGCCCCGGAAGGGUAGCAAGUGGCUGGUGGCCUUGGUGAUCACCCGAGUGGUCUUCAUCCCUCUCUUCAUGCUGUGCAACAUCUACCCGCGCCAGCUGCCCGUCUUCUUCGCCCAUGACGCCUGGUACAUCUGCUUCAUGGUCCUCUUCGCCUUCAGCAACGGCUACAUGGCCAGUCUCUGCAUGUGCUACGGACCGCAGAACGUGUCGCCAAAGGAGGCAGAAAUGGCUGGAGCCGUCAUGUCGUUCUUCCUGUCCCUGGGGUUGGCGUCCGGAGCCUUUCUCGGCUUUUUGGUCCGUGCACUGGUCUGAUUCCAACCAGGUGUGGUGUGACACGAGCAAGCCUCCUCCACUCAACACUUCCGUUUGGACCGUCCCUCCCUUCCUCCCUCCCCACAACCCCACCUCUCUGCUCCCCAUCCAGUUUGUGCCCUUCCUACGCCACUGGCUUGGUCCGCGUGAAAGCUGAGUCCUGUACCCUCGCACAACAGGCAACGAGAGUGUGAGAAUGGGGAGGGGUGAGAGGGCCUUGGUAAAGAAUGGGAUGAGGGCAGCUCUCCCUGCCACAGCUCACCCUCCCUCUCCCCUCCCCACAAAUCCCAGCCGGAGAGAUAUGCUGCACAUUAAUAAGAGACGUGAGUGCCUCCCGAACCAGACUAUAAUGUUGUUUAAUUGAUCUACUGCUAAUGGAGGCCCAGGAAGUGGUACGGUCUUCCACGGAACUCGGCGGUAUUAGUGGCCAUGGUCUGGCAAAGACCAGGAUCUGGGUUGUCUAUGUGGCCAUCAGUCGACAAUGCCUCAGCAAUAACUUUAGUUUUAAUACAGUGUAUAUUUUUAUGCUUGAUGUUUUUGUCUUUAUAAACGCAUGCUGUCUAAUCUUAA